AGACUGCGGACCUGGCUUUCUCCUUUCAUGGCGGCCUCUGUUGAACUCCAACUCGGUCCGUGAUAGCAAGCUAUGCAUUACAGACUUUUGCAAUAUUGCAGUCGUAGGACUUAUUUAACUCAAAAACUGUCGAUGCCUAAAGCCAAGAAGGACCAAAAUAAACCCCAAGCCACGACCGCUAAGAACGCAGCUGCACAACAAAAUGAACCUGUUUACGCUACAAGUACAGGUUGCGUCGCUAUAAGAAUUCACGCUAAGCCCGGAGCCAAGGAGAGUUCAAUUACAGAUAUUGCAGCGGAUGCAGUUGGAGUUCAAAUUGGAGCGCCGCCAACCGACGGAGAAGCCAACUCCGAACUUGUGAAAUUUUUGGCUAAAGUGCUCAAUGUUAGAAGAAGAGACGUCUCUCUCGAAAAAGGCUCACGAUCAAAGGACAAGGUUGUGUUCGUUCUGUCGAGUACAUCAGUGGAUCAAGUCCUGCAGCAACUCCAGGCUGCCAUAGGGAAGUAAAUGAAAAGAAAUGUUUCAAAAUCGAUGGAUGUGUCCGGGUUUUCGCAUUAAAGCUGCUGGUAUAUUCAACAAUA